CGCACGUGUUCGUAAACAAUAUUUCGGAAAGAGGAUCACAGUAAAAAUUAGUUUAGUUGGUUUGUAGUUUGGAAUCUAACCCUUUUAACUCAGGUAGUGUGCCACAGAGCUCAACGCUUCUUAACAAAAUGGGGACAGAAACUAACAAAGAUGAUCGUAACAAUCCGGAAUAUCUUGCACAGUUACUUAAAGACAAGAAACAAAUACAAGCGUUUCCUAAUGUUUUUGUUCAUUUGGAAAAACUUUUAGAUGAAGAAAUAAACCGAGUGAGAUUAUGUCUUUUUCACAACAAAUCAACGGCGCGGGAGCCACUAAACCUUCCAGAACCCCAGGGUCCUAUAGUCACAUUAUCAGAAAAAUUGUUUGUACCAGUCAAAGAACACCCAGAAUUCAAUUUUGUUGGUCGAAUAUUGGGGCCACGCGGUAUGACCGCUAAAGAAUUGGAACAAUACACAGGGUGCAAAAUUAUGGUACGAGGAAAAGGCUCAAUGAGAGAUAAAGCAAAAGAAGAACAAAACAAAGGAAAACCAAAUUGGGAGCAUUUAAAUGAAGAAUUACAUGUGUUGAUCACAGUCGAAGAUACUAGAAACAGAUCGGAACUUAAAUUGAUAAAAGCCGUGGAGGAAGUAAAAAAAUUAUUGGUGCCUUCACCGGAUGGGGAAGAUGAUUUAAAGAAACGUCAGCUCAUGGAAUUAGCUAUUAUAAAUGGCACAUAUCGUGAUACAUCGAAACCCACCUCCACACAAACAACGACUGCAUCUGCGACUCAAGCAGCUAGAUUCAUCACCUCACCACUAGCCGGCAUGACUGCAAUCCCACAGCUGAGAUCUCCUACACCAGCAGGUGCCCCAAUCAUCCUUGCACCAAGAAUGCCAGUCGGUAUACAGACUUCACAAGCAGCGCAGGCUUCAACUGCAUACCUGAAUGGUGGACCACCUCCGCUUGUGUCGCCCACUGAAGCAGGAAGUCAGGGAUUGGUAUAUAAUCCAUACGAGUAUCCAUUCUCCUUAGCGCCAGGUACAGCAAUACUGGAAUACCCAUCCUUUGACCAGAGUACCGCCGGUGCAGUCCCAAAAAUCAGAAGAACACUAGCGGGAGUGCGGGAACACCCUUACGCAGGGCUGCCUUCUAACAUCUCGUGGGCGCAGACCUCAACUCAACCCAACGUCCCAGUGUAUAGUAAAGCUAUGCAAAUGAUGUGUCCGCAACUAGUAGAUAUGAACAGUCCGUUAUCCUUUCUUAAAAAAGAAGGACCGUGAAAUUGUAGCUGAGAGACGAGGCAUCGGAAUCUCAUCAACGGGUCAUCAGUUCUACAUUAACAUGUUACACAGUAGCUGACUGGCCUUUGCUCACUAACCGUCUUCCUAAAGAGUAUUAAAAUUUGUGUCCCCGGGCUCGUGUUCUCGUGCUCGGCUUAUAUUAACUCUGCUGUUAUUUGUUAGAACAUUUUGUACUUAUAUGAGAUUUUCAUAACACUUUAUAUUAUUCAAUUUUAAACAAGUGCCAAUAGAUAUAUUUACAUUGUUAUUGUGCCUUGAACACUAAUACUGUAUAUACUAACCGAUGUUUGUUAGCCAGAUUUAUUUGGGCACUGCAUUUAUGUAAAAUCAUACUCCAUUAGGCAGAAUGACACGACUCGCUUAUUCUUUAUACCUGAACCGAUAUAUCGUCAGUUUUUUUUUUCAGCAGGUUGUGAGACUACCAAAUACAGAGGGAUGCAGAUUUGCAUUUAACCAGAUGUGUACAUCCCUCUGUAGGUAAUAUUUUUAAAUGUGGUUUAAUUUCUGUCUUAUUUCUCUGCGGCAGAUAUAAUUGCAUAAAAUUUUUGUGUUUUACAUAUUACAUUACGUAUUAGACAUUUUUCCCGUGUAAAUUGAACAUAAUUUUGUUCAUUAGAUACUUAAAAUUUUGCCUAAUGGUAUGAUUUUUCUGUAAUAAUACAUAAUGUCAUAUCAUAGAAAAGAAAAGACCUCCUAAAUUAUCAUAGAAAAUUUCGAGUCUGAAGCACAGAGACUCGUUCGGAAGAUUUUUUUGCACAUAUUAUCAAAAUUUUAUGUUAUUUUAGGAAGCAUCUUAUGUUCCUAAUUCUUGCAAGGGAUUUCAUUUGUAAUUUUUCAUUUUAAUACUCAAAUGUACCUUCUAUAUAUCUACGUUAAAGAGUUAUUGCAUUUGUUAAAAUUUAUACUACUGUUUUUGAACAAAUUUUUUUUGUAUUAACAUGUAUUUGUACUGUCGCCGUGUUAAUUUUCAAUGUGUACCUUGUCCUUCCUAAUACUGUAGCAGGAAAAGUUAACUCUUGGCUCCAUUUCACAUCUGUUGGCACGAUGGUAUAUUAGUGAAUUUAAAAAAAAAAGAAGAACAGACUCAAAUUUGGUAUUAUUUCAUCUCCCAUAACUAAGUUUUACAUUUGAAAUUCAACUCGGUGUUUCAAUUUUACUUUCAUAUUAAAUCGCAACAUUACCUGCUAAAAUUGUUACAAAAGCUUAAAGAUAUUUACGUUGACUGUUCGUGAGGGGUAAACAGUUCCUGCUACAGUACAGUUCAAAAGGUGGUUAAUGUUUAAAUGUUUAAGCAUAUGUAUAAAACUUAACAUGCUCCUUUCACUGUAAAACUCAGACUGACCAGGACUAGCAUUAAUGUUCCUUAUAAGUAAGGUUCAUACAUUUUUUCAUGAAUCUAGUUUGUCAGUUAAUGGAUAAGCAAAGUAUUUGUAAAAAGAAAAUGAAAAUCUGGAACAGGAAAAUGGAUUGUUUUGUCCCGAAGUUUUAUUACAUCUUAGUUUGUUGUUUUCGAGGUUUAACUAGUAAUUUUAGAGAACAAUUGGAUCAUUUGACUCAUAUUGAAUUUAAAAAAUUCAUUGUUGGAAAGACAAAAUUGAAAUAAGCAAUUUUGGAGAGAGAAAAAUUGUUACUUUUGUAUAAGAGGGGGAAAGAAAUCGUCAAAAUUAUUGUUCAGUCUUUACACAAGGAGCAAAAGCAUUUUACAUUGUUGAUGUACAUGUGUAUUGGAAAGGGUAUAGAUAUAUAACUGAAUCUCAUGAUUAGCUAGUUUGUAUGGGUCACUUUAACUCAUAGUGCUGGCUUACCUGUUCAAAUGUAGCUAUUCUUCGUUGUUGUAGGAAACUUUAACUCACUGAACUUCUGUACUCUUAGCAUAAUACUCAUUCAUAUGUCACAAAAAUAUGUUGCAUUUGUAAGAGGUUAGUCAUUUGGUUACCAGUCUGUUGUCACUGCUGGACUGGGAGCGGUUUGAUACAUUUUUUGAAAGAAAAUUGGAUAACCAGUCUACUUGAUUGUAAGUAGACUGUGGUCAGUUUUUGUUGAAUUUUAACAGUCAAAACACUUGUAGGAUUAACAGCAUAAUUGUUACAGAUAUUACAGCGGUUAUACAUACUUACUCAUUUUUGUUGCAAUAUAGUUGAUCAAAAGCAUUUGUAAGUGAGAUUUCCUUUGUGUAUAGUGCACUUGUUAGUAAUGAUUUCAUUCAUUUUUGUUGUAGAAAUCAUUGGAACAUCAUAGAAUACAAGUUUAUUCAUUAAUACCAUAGUAUCACACUUUAUGUGAAUAAUCAGUAGACACUGGUUACAAAGCUGCUUUAUAAGAUUUAUUUCAAGAAGUUUUUUUGUUUUUUUUUUUAUGCUAAAAUUUUCUGAAAACAGUGAAUAGUUGUACCGUCCAGUUGUUUUGAAAACAUAUCACCAUUUUUUCUUUGAUGUUUAUGCAAAUGCUUGGCUGAGCCUUGCAUGUGUUUGCAGUGAUUUUUUUAUCAGUUUUUAUAUGCCUACAGGAAUUGUGAUAGGAGAAUGUUUACAUUUUUUUUUUUUUUGCCAUUUACAUGUGGUACUUUGUAUUGGUCAGAGUUGUAUCAGUUUUUAUUCUCACAUUUCAUGUCCUAGAACUUAACCAUCUAUGCAAUAAUAGAUUUUACAUAUUUUAUCAUGGUGUUACAUAGUACAGGAGAUAUAUUGUCUUCCAUAUUGCUAACAAUUCUUCCACCAACUUUGUUUACACAAUUUUUACCACUGUGCUUUGGGGUAAUUUAGGCCAUGGUUUAGUAUUGGCAUAAUUCACCACUGCAACGGAAUGGCCAAAAUUAUAUGUACCAAAAUAAUCUGCAUCGUAAAAGUUUAUUUAUUAUGUUUAAAAGCAUUGGUACAUAAACCAAGAUAAAAACUCCUAGUUUUUGGUGUACAUGUCCAAUAUUUGACCAUGCAGAAAUUUCCCAAAGUGCGGUGUAAGUACCUGUGAAUAUACUCAUUAUGAAAUAGUGUGCUUUCUGUAUUAAAGCUUUUCCUAUUGAAUCAAGGUUCCCUAUGAGAAUGUGUUGUGAUAUGAAAAUGUUACUUGUUUUGUAAUGUUAUAUAAUUUGUUACCUGGCCGGCCAAUUUUACAUCAUUUUUGAUUAUUUAUCAUAAAUGUGUCUUUUAUUUGCAACAUAAGUGACUGAAAAUGAUGACUUUUAACAUUUGAGAAUAUAUGUGGCAGAAAAGGUUUUUUUCUAUUAAAAGUAGAUAAAUAUUAUUUUCUCCCCACCAUUGAAAAUGGUUAUAGCAAUGGAAAAGAUACAAUGAACACAUUUCGUAUUGUUUAAUGUUAUAUGAUGUUUGGAAAUAUUUCAGUCACUGAGGUUUGGUCAUUUAGAAAAGUUGAGAUAGAAUUAUAAUACAGGGAACCUUGAUAAUAUCCCACCUACGUUUGUAAAUAUUAACAUGAAUAACAACUGUACCGUAAUGAUACUGACAAGUUCUAUAAGGACCUGGGCUUUCAUGCACUCGAUGAUUCUUGCUGAUGUAUUAGUAAAUCUAUAUAUUGUGUGGGGGAAAAUAUGUUCGUAUUUUAUUUGAAGGGGCGUCAUGCAUGUGGAAUACUGAACAAUUUGAACGGGUAUUGCAUUCAAAAAGUGUCAGUUGUUGAAAUUAUUGCUAGGGUAGUGAACUACAUUUUGUUUCAGUGAUGUUUUUUGUAUAAACCCAUUUUUGGUGUGACUGACUGUCGUUAACACAACUCAGAAGUGAUUUGUUUGGUAUAAUUGUAUAUAUAUUUUAUAGAACGGAGAGCAGAACAAGUGCCUUAACCCGCUUUACUUGCAUGAAGAGUUGUACUCGUGGCUUUUACGUGUGAUUUCAACAGGUCGUACUAACAUCUUAUAGGAACUGUUUUAACCAUGCUUUAUUAUAAUGAUAUUUUUGUGGCUCGGUAUAGAAUCUCUUGUAUUGGAUCAAUGGGAGUGUUAAAAUUAUCACACAUAUUGGAUUGAAAUCUGAAUUUUGAACCAAGGCAAAUUAGUGGGCUAAUCACAGAAUUUGUCAAAUUAGGAAUUAAACCAUUUAUAUUGAAAAGAUUGGGUGUUGCAUUCAUUUGAAAUUCAACAGUUUAAAAUAAAGUUUAUGAGGGAUGGGAAACUUAUGUUCUGUAUUUGUUUUGCAGACCCUUACAAUUUACUUUAAUACCGGAGAUAUAGGCAUUCAUGUUUAGUUUCUUGGAGGAUUUUUAAAGGUGAAAUUUCCACUAAUGGCUGGGAGUUCAUAUAUAAGCCAAGAGUUCUUGCUGAUGCCACAGUAGGUAGAUAUUUAAAACUAAUGCUUGAUAAGGAGUAUGAAAUAUUACAUUUAGAAUCUCGAUUUUACAAUCGGUCCACUUUGAUUUGAUCUGUAACCCCAUUUACAAAGGGUUUGUGAAGAAAGGGCAUUUUUUUUUAUUGCAGCAGCAUCACAGCGCUUUUUACAAUACUCGUUUGUUUUCAUUUAACUGGGUCUUACAGUAAAAAAAAACAUUUGGAAUUAAAAAUGAUUGUGUUUUAAUUACUUAAGGUAGUAGUAUACCCCAGUGUUUGAAAAUGCAGAAAGUUAGACCGUUCAUAGUUGUUAAGGAUAACAAGAUACUGUAGAAUUUAUAAGAGAACAAUUGCUUUUAUUUGUUUUGAAAAAUUCGGAUUAUCUGUCAUUGUUUUAAUGAGGUAUAAUUUUAUUUGAAUUAAAGACAGAUUUAAGGAAGCAGCCUGUUCAGUAUGCCCAAGCACAUGCAUUCUGACACCUAUUGUUUGUACAGUACUGAUUUUUUUUUCUUCAAAAAUUGAAAUUCAUUAAAAUUUUGUUGAAUAUUGUGUGAUUAGUUAUAGCUGUGGCAUUUCAGCUCCUUGGUAACUUCUAGAAAUUUUGUACGGAUUUCAAAAAAUCAGCUUGUCAGCAGUUACAACUUCCAAGACUGUUAAAUAAUGUGGACUUAAAAGUUUUCAAUAUAAUCUAUCAUCUCUGUCAGUAAUUGUUUAUCAAGAUGAUAAAACAUAGAUGAAUAAAAUCAAAAUACUGGUAACUAAUUCAGCAUGGGUAUACUACUGCCUUAAUAGGGAAAUCAUAAUUGGCUUGGAGAGUUGGUUGUUUUAAUAUCAUUUUGUGUUUUUUUGAAUGGUACUUUAUGCACUUUCUAAACUGGAGAUCAGAGAAUAUGGAUAAAACUUGUUGUUAAAGUUGUUUUAUUACAUUUGAUACAAGUAUUACAGAAUUGUUAUUCAGAAUUUUGGGGAUUAUUAUUGUACAGAUAUAAAUAUCUUUCUUUCAUAUAUAAAUAUUAAGCAAUAAAGUUUGAAUUGCUAACACGUAGUUUCCUUGUUACACUAACACUAUGGAUUUGAUUAACCCAUCUUGUGUAUUAAUUAACCCGAGUAGAAAAACCUGUCAAAAUAACUGGGUGUACAUUUGAACUAACAGUAUUGCAUCUUAUAUUUUGCUCUGAAAUCCUACUCUACGAGGGUUAUAUGUGACUUGCUUUAAGAUUUAUGCAGUUUUAAGGGAAGAAUGUGAAUUUUGCGUUUUGCAUUCAGUCUUUAAAAUAUGCAUGUAUUAUAUAUUAAUGAGAUUAUGCGUAGCACCCUUUAACUGUGUACAGGUACCUGUAUUGACAGGUUCGUGUGGUGUUUUCUUUUAAUGCAUUAACCGUUAAAUCUUCACCGUUGGGUGUAGAUAUAUAACAAUGCCAAGUAACAAAUCACCUUGCACGAAAUUUCUAACUGUAGUAAUAUUGCAGCUUGCCGACAGUCAUCUAACAGGACUCUAUCAUUGAUGAGCAAUCAUCCAUACACUUGUCAUCCAUUUUCAUUAUUGCACCAUUAAAAUUCACAUUAGCUAUAUUAACCAAUCAGGUAACUAGUUUAAAAUAGCAUCCAAUCAUGUACAGUUUAUAUAUUUUCUCUGCCUUGAUUACAAAAUUCUAGGUAAUUUGACAGUAUAUGAUAUGAAAGACGACAGUAAAUUGUGGACAGACUUUACACUUACAAUAUAUCCCGAGCGGCCAAUGAAAGACUAACUGAUGUUAAUCACAGGUUACCUGUGAGCAGUGUUGCCAAAAAUAGAAUAGCAUCUAGAUACUAGUGCAGCUAACUGAAUAUGCUGCAUGCAUGCGUUACUUUCACCCGCUCCAUUAAUUUUGCACUAUCGCCAACAUCCUAUUCACUGAAUUUAUGGACAAUCUAACAUUUUAACACUUGCAAAUUAAUACUAAUUAUGCCUUGAUGAAAAUGUAGAAAAACAAAUAUAUUUUUGUUUUCGUCUAUAUAAUGAAAUUUGUGUUUUUGUUACGAUUUUUUUAUCUUUUUUUUUUUUUUUGUUUAUACAUGAUUUUUUUUUUUACUUUGUACAAAUGGCACUAAUUUCAAAUCGCAUGAUAAUUAUUUUUGUGAAAAAUCUUAGGUAACAUUAUAUUAAAAGUUUAUAAAAAUUUAGAGUAACUAAAGCAUGUCUUCUAUCAUAUGCUUAAAAAAAUAAGACAGUUGUAUUCAAACUUAAUCACACCUUCUAACUUUAUGCUUUGCUCAAUCUUGCUCAAAACCUCUUCUUUCAUUUGUCUAUUUUUGUAAACCUCGGUUAUAUUCUGAACUUUCUACUCUCUGUUUGCCAAAUUAAGCCCCAUGACACAAUUUAUUUUUACGAUUAUUAUUUUUGUGUUUAUUGUUUAAAGUUUUUGCAUAAAAUCAUACAUAUGUUUAAGUGCUCAUUUAUUAUGUCAACGUGUUGAGGUUUUAAGUCGUGUAAUGAUAAUGUGUUGACAUAGUAGUCAUUUUAAUGUUAAAAUUGUUGCGUUGAAACUGUGAUUGAAGAAUUCGCAUCUUGUAUAUAUAAAUUUGCAUUUAACUGCAGACAUAGUUUUUCAGUUGACCACAGAAAUUCAAUAUACUGGCAAAAGUUGCAAAAAAAAGUUUUUUUAUAAAAAGAAAAUACAAGUGAAAAAUAUUCUGAAAUUAAAUUAUGCAGAAAAGUAACAAAUUUAUCAUGUUCAGAGCUGACACAUACUGUCAUAUAAUUAAACUUUUUUGUUGCCCAGUUUUAAAGAGUUCCUGCUGAUUGUGAACAAAAUUACAGUUUUCAUCUGACUUGAAUAUUAAUUAGCUGAAAAAAGUCACUUAUUACAAAAGUUUAAAAAUGAAUUCAUUAUGUAUCGUGGUCACGGAUAUUGUCUGCUAAGUAUAUUUGUAUGCAUUUAUAUUGUUGAGCUGAGAUUAUUUCAGAAUCUCAUCUGUAAUUCAUUUACACUUAAGACUUUUUUUUGUAUAAUAUACAGUGUUCAUUUAAAUGUGAAAAAUUGUGAACUAUUCAGCA